GUAAAAGGAACCGUGUAAAAUGGGGGGGAAAAGUCACAUUAACCGUUUACCGGAAGUUUAUCAGUAUGGGAGGAAACACUAGCUUCACAUAUACCCUAUUCUACAAACAUUCAUUUAUUUCCUUCGGCUUGGUCUCUUCAUUCAGCAGGGGUCGCUACUAUUCUACAAACAGUGUCCACAUGUAUUAUUUUCAACAUCUCAGUGAACAGAUUCACGAGAGCUUUCAAGACCGCCAGCGUGAAAAAUCAAACACUCCUGAACUUCCGUGACAUUUCAGGCCGUGUUGAUCUGACCUCAGAACUGCAGCACUUCACAGGAGCUUUGAAGCAGUCUAUGUGUGUGUGUGUGUGUGUGUGUGUGUGUGUGUGUGUGUGUGUUGAAAGAUGAAGGGGUUCAACAUCCCAAUGUAUAUAAAUAAGAGAUAUAAACACCUCCAAAACUCAGACAUUAGGACUUCCUUACUGAAACCAGAACAUCUGAGCUCAACACCACAAACCAAAUGUGCUCUUGAGCCGGUGAUGGACGUUUACUGCAGUAAUAAUGUUCUUCAGGCAAGGAGAGCCGUGGAGCAGCUGAGGAUGGAGACUGAACUGCAGAGAAUCAAGAUUUCAGCAGCGGCGGAGCAGCUCGUCCAGUACUGUCAGGAGCACCGCAGAGCUGACCCUCUGCUCACCGGCAUCGCUGCGUCCUCAAACCCCUUCAAAGACAAGAAGACCUGCGUCCUGCUGUGAAACACACACACACCGUCAUCACAGUAGUCAUUAAUAAUCUCUUUUAUUUGCAGUGUUGAUAACGACACCUCGUCAAACUGUGCGUCCAUAAAGAUUUCUUGAAAAAAACACAACCACAUUCAAUCAGUCAGAGCACGAUUACUGUCUGACGAGGACUAUAAAUAAGAGCUCAUACGUACUGUGGAGAUUUGAAAUGAGGAGUUUCAUACAGAGUGCAUAUAUUGGAAAGCUUGCUGCCACAUUUGUGAACUGUGUUAUUUUUUAAGAAAUGAAACUGGAUCC